AUGAAUAAGAAUGUCGGUAGACUAGUAAAAAUAUGGAACGAGUCAGAGGUGUUAGUUGAUAGAAAAUCCAAAUUUCAAGCAAGAUGUUGCACAUUACAGAAUCAGAAGGAUAUACCCUUCAUACUUCAAGAUUUAAUCCAAAACAAUAAAAGCGUUUCAAAGGCAUCCCACAUGCACAUGUAUGCUUGGAGGACUGCCGAAAUAGUAAACGAAUUGAAUCUUCAGAAUGAGCAGAAAAAGAAGAGUAGUAAAAAUAACAAGAAAAGUAACAAUAAUCAUGCUGACAAGUCAAAAAAUGUAACCGCGCAUCCAAAAAAUAUUGAACAAGGUUGUGCUGACUGCGGCGAAGCCGCAGCUGGGCAACGCUUACUGACAUUGCUUGAAAGAGCGAAUAUAUUUAACGUCCUCGUAAUAGUGACCAGAUGGUACGGUGGCACACCUCUGGGCUCAUCUAGAUUCAGGCAUAUUUCAACAUGUGCCGUGGAAAGUCUGAGGAAAGGCAAAUUUCUGCCCUGA